GACAUACUCUCCCGCGGCUGCAUGCUUCGAGAGUACAGCCAAAACCAGCAAGCCUGGUAAUACAGAGAAAACAGUAUCGAAGACGAGAAUGUCGUUACAGUCGUUUUUGAACACUGUCCAGCAGUCUGUCAAACAAAAAAAUGCGGAAACAAUAAUCAACUGCUUCGUUUUAGACAAUUCAAGUCCGGACAUUCAAAACUUAACGGAACAAAUCGCGCCGUUGCUACAAUCUUCUUCAAAGAAGAACAUAAAAUCAAAAGUCAAAGAGAAACUAUCACAUUGGCGAGGAUGGACAGACUUGGUUAUGGCUUUCUUUGAGUACCUCAUUACUGUACGCGAGUUGGAUGAGUAUAAGGAAAAGACAUGGAUGUCUCUGAAACAUUUUUAUACAUGUCUUGCGACUUGUUUCUCAAGUCAAGACACCGCUUGGAUGGUUCAGCUCGUUGAAAGUGCUUCCAAGUUUUAUGUGAAUAUUUCUCUUGCCCUCGAUCGUGAAUCAGAGGGCCCAAACAAAUAUGUCAGUGACACAUCUCGAGAUGUCUUCCGCAUGUUUAACAUCGUACUGAGUGAUCGGCAAACGAACUUUAAAGGUUCCAAAAGAGAAGCCGUGUUCACUGUUGCCAACCUGUUGAAUCGGCUAUAUUUUCGUAUGCAACAAGUGCGUCUAUGCCAUACAAUUCAGACAAAUAUUAUAUCUUCCGGAGUCACGCUUUCACUUGGAACGACAGCAGAGAGAGUGACGUUCGAGUAUUAUACAGGACGUUGCUACCUGUACCAGCAUCAAAUUCACCAAGCUUACCGUCAUCUAAGCACAGCCUUUCAGCAAUGUCCAGAUGAGGCACACGUACAAAAACGACUUUGUCUUCUGUAUCUAAUCGUAUGCCAACUCAUUCUUGGAAGGUCUCCCACAAAACAGCUGAUGAUGCAAUUUCAACUAGAACCCAUGUUUUCACCGUUAAUCGCAUGUCUGAAGGUGGGCAACAUAAAAGGCUUUAUUGAUGCAUUGGAAGCGCCAAAUCGACUUCGUUGGUUUGUAAAACGCAACAUCUACCUUACCCUGCGUGACCGUUGUGAGAUUGUACUUUGGCGAAAUCUGUUUCGAAAAGUUUUUUUAACCACGUUUUCUCCUACCCAAAAAACGCCGCACGUUGCAAGUGCGGCGCUUCUUGCGGCUGCUCGGUUUGCAACGCAAGAUGACACCUACGACGAGGAAGACGUAGAAUGCAUCUGUGUCUCCCUUAUUGACCAAGGAUACGUCAAAGGUUAUAUCAUUCACUCAUCAGGCACACUGGUUUUAAAACGUGACGAAAGUUUUGGAUUUGAACCUAUCCAUGCGGUUCAGCCCGUCGUUAUGAAUAACGAUGCUGAAGACAAAUUCUUCGGUCGGUAAUGUUGUAUGCUGGUGAGAGAGAACUUGGAAGGCGAACGAUUUACGUAUCGCUCUCUAUACCAACUUUCUAUAACAAAAUAAAUAUAAAAUGAAGAAAGAGACUUUUUGGGAGAAUAAAAAGUUGGCUCGCGAAAACCCAAUGUCUUCUUAUAUAUUUAAUAGUUCCAAAUCGAUGCACAAACGUGUUCCGUUUGGCCCUACAGCAAAUCGUCGUUUUCCGGAUCAUACAAGUCAAGGCCUGCAAAGACAUCUGGCUUUUCUUCAACAGGAGCAGUAGGGGGAGGAUGUGUGCCUUGAUCAACGUGCAUCAUGGACGGCGAAGUAGUGGUAGUUAAU